CCCGUCCAUUCAUCGUUUUCAGAUUAGUUUUGAGAAAGCUCUCGCUGAUGAAAGUAAUAAUUAUUUAUAUAAACAUUAGCAAAGUGAAACGGCCAAUUCUGAAGUGCUCUGAGCAAAAUAUACAUUAAUUUGUGUUAUAUUAAGACAUAUCAAUGAACGAUAACCAAUUGUCGUAUUGCAAAUCAGUUUUUUGUUUUGUUAUUAUUCCGCGAUUCUUGUUUUGCAUUCAUAUCUGAGUAUCUUCUCUUUUGUAUCUUGUAUCUAGACAAUUCAUAUCAUUCGUGUUUGACGUUUUCUUGUAAAUGUCAAUGAAGUGAAACUGAAAAAAAUAAACGCAAAGUGUAAAAGACUUUAAAAUAGAAAUUAACAAAUAACAUCAGGAUCACGGUUCGCCUGCUGAUUGAGGCAAAUGUGCUAAAAUUUGUAGAAAUACAUUUGGAAAUACUUGAAUUUUUAUACAUCAAAAGGAUAUAAAAACCGCCAUUGUCAAUAGAAAAAAAUCGAUAUAAAUUAAUUGUUUUCCAACCACUGUUGUUGUGGUUAGGGACUGCAGUAAUGGAUGACGAGUUUAAACUGUGCUGGAAGAAUUUCCAGGAUAAUAUAGCCAGCGGAUUUCAAAACCUAUAUGACCGUGGCGAUUUGGUAGAUGUUACACUUGCUUGCGAUGGAAAAUUGUUGCAUGCCCAUAAAAUUGUACUUGCUAUUUGCAGUCCAUAUUUUCAAGAAAUUUUCAUAACCAAUCCCUGCAAGCAUCCAAUAAUUAUACUAAAAGAUGUCACAUUCAACAUAAUGUGUGAACUACUGGAAUUCAUGUAUCAGGGUGUGGUGAAUGUCAAGCACACGGAAUUACAGUCUUUCAUGAAAAUCGGACAAUUGCUACAAAUCAAAGGUCUUGCCACAAAUGCCUCAUCAACAGCGGGCACUACUUCGACGGAUAAAUCAACGAGUCAAACCCACAACGCUGACGAAGCGAGCAGCGCAUGCGCAGAUGCAGAGAAUAAUAGUAGUGCGACCCCAGCAAAAACCGGUACAAACCGUGCUGCCAGUGCAAGUGAUGACGUGAAUACCUCGGAUGGGUUGUCGAGCGUCAAAUUAUCCAAUCCCAUUUCGGUGAAAUCACACUCACCAGCAUCAUCACCAUCACCAAUGAGCUUCGCCGAAUCAACUACAAAUGCCAAUCAGCCGAAUUUCAAAAGCUCACCGGUAAACAAUUUGCCAUUUAACCCGAAUUAUCCGCCGGGUGCAAAUCUCAAGCGACAUGUAGAUUUGAAUAAUGACGCCCUAUCGAUUUACUCGCGUAAACAGUUCCGUCGAUCGAUAGCUUCCGCCGAUCACAAUACCGAUCAUAGUGAUAGCGCCGAUGCGGAUGCUGAAUCUGAUUAUUUCCUACCGUCUAUACCACAUCUGGCGAGUAAUUCUUCCGCUGCUGCGGCGGCAGCGGCUUUUAGAGGCACCUUCAAUCCUGCUGCCUUCGGGUUUGACUAUAAUUUAUACAAAAACAGUAGUGCGGCUGGUGCUAGCAGCAUUGGCGGUGCUUGUGGUGGCAAUGCGUCUGGUGUUGGUGGCGCAGAAUAUCCAAAUGAUUUGCAUCUUCCCAGUGACUAUUCAAAGAAUUUCGCGAAUCAUGUUGAUAUACCACCAAACAGCAGCAAUGUGGUGAUGCUCUCGUCGACGUCACUGUUGCACGGCAGUUGCGUCUUUAAUCGCAACAACACCGUCGCCACACAACAAGGUAUGAAAACCUAUUGGCUCUGCAAGUCCUAUCGCAUAAGCAUGUGUCGAGCACGCUGCAUAACCCAUCAAGGGCGCGUCAUAUCCGCGACCGGUGUGCACAACCAUCCGCCGCAUAUGCGUGGAAGUGGACCGGGUGGCGGCGGAAUGGGCAACAGCAGCGCAGGAAGCAACAGUAAUGCCGGCAGUGGUGGGAAUGGUAGUGGCUUUCCCAUCGAUGUCAAUGCUCAACAACCGUCCGCUGUGGCGGCAACCUCUAACUCGUCCACUAUAAAUUUGAAUUCUAUCAAUAUGCCCGGUGUACUAUUGCCAGGCGCUACCAAUUCGGCAGCAAAUGUGAGUAGCGCUAGCGGUGCGCGACUACAUCACACAACAGCGAGCGGUGCCAUUGGUACACCGAUGUAUCAACAGCAUAAUACUAUGCAUAAUUCGCCAGGGCAACAAUUGCAGUUACACCAACAGCAGCAACAGCAACAACAACUACAACAUCAGCAGCAUCAGUUGCAUACAGUGAGUGGUUGUACAACGCCACCACCAAUGUCGGCCGGUUUAAUGGGCAACUCACACCUACAUGCGCACACUACACAAGCGGCAACUAGUCUCUUAAUGUCACAUCACUCCGCGCCAGACAAUGGCAGCAUGGCCGGCAACGUGCAUCAUCACCACCACCCGCACCAGCAUCACACAAUUGGCGGCUCAGGCAACGGAGCGAUGGGCGGCGCUGGUAGCGGUACGCAAAAUUUGCACUCGAACAGUGUCAUACAAAAUAUACUGCAUAGCGCCAACGCAUCGAAUGCCAUGCACCACCAUCAUCAUCCACAAUUGCCGCACAUGUCGCAUUUGUCGCAGCAUCAACAUCACCACCAACAACACGAAGCGCAUUUGGAAAUAACACCGCUGAUGCAAUCACCACCUCUACCGCCGCCUCCACCGCUACAUCUGCAAAGUCCAUCGAAUCAGAGCAAUCAGUCGCAGCAUGGUAGCGGUGGCGCUAAUUCGCUUAGCUCGCCAAUAACAACAACGCCGGCGUCAGCUGCCAGCGGUAGCGCGCUCAAAUCACCCUCGCAAACGAAUCUCAGUGACGAGGCGAUCCGUGUGUCUGAGGCGCAAUCUCAUGCAGCUCAUGCGGCGCAUCUGAGUGAACAACACCAACAUUUGCUGAGCCAUGGCACAACGCUGUCACCGUCCGAAAUAAAUUCAAACACCGCCGUGUCGUCGCAUUCAACGGAUGGCGCGAAUGAGGCGCAGCAUCAGGCGCACGUCAUCGACUCCAUAACGAUAUCACCAGGCGAAGGUCACAGUUUCAAAAUGGAAGAUAUGUAACCGUUAAGUUCACUAACGACGAAUUGCGUUAGCAAAAAACGCUAAUAUGACUCAGUGUGAAGCGUUCGAAACGCACAAUGCAACUCCUUCCCUUUUAUUAUAAUUAUUACACACAUACAUACAUGCAUACAAGCCAAUGGAGAAAUUAAAAAUUUGUUAGUUUUUAAGUAAAAACGAAAAUCUCUUGAAAUUGUGGUAAAUAUGAGAUAAUGGUGAGUAAAGCACUAAAUAAGGAAAAUCACAGUAAAUUUUAUGAAGAAAUUGGUAAGUGAAAAAUAGUCAGGCACGUCUGAAAGGAGUACGUCUUACUACUUUUUGGGAAAUAUUACCAAUAUUUCCCAUACAGUUAGCUCAUAAGAACACAAAUAAACUGUAAUUAGAAAUCGUUUAAGUUCGUUUUCAAUUAUCAAAUUUUUUUAGUGCUUCAAAUGGGAUAGCGAAGUAAUAGUUGGAGGAGUAAAACGGAAAAUCGGUAAAUUUUUGGUGAAAAAACUUUUUACAAGUGCAAUUGCCACUCAAAAACGUAAAAAUUUGGAAAACAUUCACAAGAUUUUUUUAAACUGAUUUUGUGAUUUCAAUAACAAUAUUAUUUACUUUUUUUUAUUUAUAAUUUUCUGUAUUAAUUAGUAAAUUAAGAAUUAAUGGUCCAAACUGACAAGUUUUGAGAUUAACGAAUUUAAAGGUUAUGUCAUUGCCAGGCUUUAAAAUGAUUAAACUAAUGCUUAGAUGUAUAAUUUUUAAAAUGAGUAUAGUAAAACAAAAUUAUGCGGAAUAUUCCUAACAAUAUGUUUUUUAAGAAUUAUUCAAUUUUCAAGAAAUGUGUAUGCUUUUGAGCAUUGAAAAAAAUAUUUAAAAAAAUGCUAAUUUAUAGUGACUGCACCCGAUUUUAGUGACAUUAUUUUAAUUUGAAAUGUUUUGAGGUAUGUAUGUAAGUAUUUACAUACGUCUCCAUAACCAUAUAGUUAUAAUAACAAUAUCGACAUGGCGUGAAUUUGUAUCCACAUCAAACGUUCUAUUGCAUGCAUUUGUAGCCGUCAUACGUAAGUUCCAAGGAAAAAUAA